CGCCCCGCCCCGCAGUAUCGAGCCGCGGCGGAGCCGAGCGGAGGGCGGCGGAGCGGCGGGGCAUGGGGCCCGGCGGGCGGCGAGCAGCAGCGGAGCUCUCGGCAUCGGAGUGAGCGCUGCCGCCGCCACAGCCCCCGGGGAGAGACCUUGCGCUGUGCCGCCCGGCCCGGCUCGGAUGCCACCAUGGGGAGCCGCUUCUCCAGCAUCCCCGCUCUGCCCCGCGGCGGCCAGGGCCGCCUGCACCGCGCCCGCCACCACCGCCUCAAAGAUUCCAUAGGUGGGUCAUUUUCAACUUCCUCCCACCGAUGCCACCACAAGCAGAAGCACUGUCUCCCCAUCCCGCAGUGUGGAGCUCUGUCCAUCAGCCCUCUGCUUUUCCAUCCUCACACAAAGGGAUCCCAGAUCAUCAUGGACACGACACAGAAGGCAGUGAAGCGCCAGGCUAGCUUCUGCAAUGCCAUUACCUUCAGCAACAGGCCCAUUGUUAUUUAUGAACAAGUCAGGCUUAAGAUCACUAAAAAGCAGUGCUGCUGGAGUGGGGCUCUUCGGCUUGGGUUUACUUCCAAGGAUCCAUCGAGGAUUAACCCUGACACUUUGCCGAAGUAUGCGUGCCCUGACUUGGUUUCCCAAAGUGGUUUUUGGGCCAAGGCUCUGCCAGAAGAGUUUGCAAAUGAGGGAAACAUCAUAGCCUUCUGGGUGGACAAGAAGGGACGGGUUUUCUAUCGGGUGAAUGACUCCGCUGCGAUGCUCUUCUUCAGUGGGGUGAGGACAGCAGAGCCUCUCUGGGCUUUGAUCGAUGUCUAUGGACUCACCCGUGGAGUGCAGCUCUUAGACAGUGAGAUCAUCCCUCCCGACUGCCUGCGGCCCCGCUCCUUCACGGCCAUCCGCAGGCCCUCGCUGCGGCGGGACACGGAGGACACGCGCCUCUCGGUCAGCCUGUGCGACCUCAACCUGCAGGAGGAGACCUUCCACGUGACGGCCACCACCUGUCCCAUCCCGCAGAACUCCCUCAACUCCCAGCACUCCCAUCUCCUCCCUUCCCAGCUGGAGAGCGACCUCCGCUUCCACCACCUCCGGGGACCCCACGUCAAAAUCCUCGAUGACCAAACCGUGGCCCGUCUGGAGCACGCGCGGGAGGAGAGGACUUUGGUUUUCACCAGCAGACCCCUUCGGAUCAAUGAAACCAUUUUUGUCAAAAUCAACAAGUCCAACGCUGUGCGCACAGGGACGCUGUCCUAUGGGGUCACAUCCUGCGACCCCAGCACCUUGCGCCCCAGCGACCUCCCCUAUAACCCUGAGUCCUUGGUUGACCGAAAGGAGUUCUGGGCCAUCUGCCAAGUCGUGGUGCCCCUCCAGAGUGGAGACAUCCUGGGAUUUAUGGUGAAUUCGGAUGGUGAGCUGCACUUGAGUCACAACGGUGCCAGCGUUGGCAUGCAGGUCUGCACGGACUGUUCCCAGCCCCUCUGGAUGUUCUUCGUUUUACACGGCGCAGUCAUGCAAAUUCGAUUGUUGGGUUCCACCAUAUUAGCAGAGCGGCUGGGACUGUCCACACCAAGCUUGCCUACAUCGACACCCAAUUCCCCCACCGUCCUCUGCAGCGGUGUCUCUGGCCCCCUCUGCAGCUCUAUCAGUGGCACAGCUCCCAACUCUCCAGUCAGCUUGCCUGAGUCACCCAUCUCCCCGUCUGUCUCAGGGCCCUGGGGAGAUGAAUGUACCAUCUGCUACGAGAACAUGGUAGACACAGUCAUUUACUCCUGUGGACACAUGUGUCUCUGCUACUCGUGUGGGCUGAAGCUCAAGAAGAUGGCCAACGCUUGCUGCCCCAUCUGCAGACGGGCCAUCAAAGAUAUCAUCAAAACAUACCGCAGCACUUAGAGCAGCAGCAGGUGCUGUGGUGGGGACUAGGCAGGUGGGGAGAAGACUGUGAAACAACACAGGUAUUGGUCUCUAUUCAUCAUGCAGGAGAUUCAAAAAACAUCACCCACCACCACCCUGAUCCCCUCUUCCAUGGAACACAGAUGAGACAAGCUUAGAUGCUGCUCUUCUACCCUCCAAGCAAGCCCUGGGGCUGAACUCCAGUGUGUCAGGGAAGCUGCGAUGGACCACUCUCCCUUGUGGAUUUUAAUCUUUAUCUCAAAAAAAUGGCUGGUGCAGUCACCCCUUUUCUACACCAUGCACAGCAGACAGGAGUCUCCAGUGUCAAGCAGGGACAGCAAGUGAUAGAAGGUUUAGUGCUACACCUCUCCUUCCAGAGACACUGCACACACAGAGGACAGCUUAGCAGAAGAGUAGAAACAAAACAAACCUGUAUUCAUGUACAAGCAGCCUGACUAUAGGAAACUCCUUAGAAAGGAUGGAGUGAAGCAAGCUUUGACCCAGCGAGGGAGGUGCAGUGAGCACAUUCACAGCAGAAAGACUGUGGCCAGUGCAGAAGUGGACCCAGUAUUUGUGAAGCAACACCUGCCCCAAGUCUGCAGGGAGAUGAGCGGCUCCUCAGGGCUGCUCCCAGCUGCUCCCUAGCAGAAGCAUUCAUGGUGGGUUUGGCAGCCAACAUUGACACUGGCCUUGCUUCCUCACAGUGGUAUCCAGCCACCUCUUGUUGCCAUCCUGUUGCAUGACAAGCGGCUCUCAAAGCCCACCACCACUGAUCUGUGCGUGGUCUCCAUGCAGCACAAGGGACUCAGCAGCAUCUCUGAUCCCAUGGGCCUGCAGCAGAGGGGGAUGUCUCCCUCACCUUUCUUCCCCUACCAUCCAGACAGCACUUGUGAGGGAGAAAAUAAAAGAGAAAAAAAGAAACAAAAACCCCAACCUCACUGGGGAAGAAUGUAUAAA